AUGAAACUGAAGCAUGAGAAAGAAGUCUUAGAUACUGUAGAAGUAUCAGUAUCAUUCACAGUAUCAGUAUCACAGUAUCAGUAUCGUUCACAGUAUCAGUAUCGUUCACAAUAUCAGUAUCGUUCACAAUGUCAGUAUCAUUCACAGUAUCAAUAUCAGUAUACGGGACUAUCCGGAGGUGAGGUAGUGAUUUACCCACAGAGGAAUUUACCCGAUGAAUAUAGAAGUGAGGAGAAUAUCAUUGUGGGCAACGUUUGUUUAUACGGUGCUACCAGUGGAUUAGCAUUCUUCCGAGGAGUAGCUGCAGAGAGGUUCUGUGUUCGUAAUUCAGGAGCUGUAGCUGUUGUUGAGGGAGUUGGAGACCAUGGGUGUGAGUACAUGACAGGAGGACGUGCACUGAUUCUUGGUUCAACUGGACGCAACUUUGCUGCUGGCAUGUCUGGAGGUAUUGCUUAUGUGCUGGACCCCAAGGGUGAAUUUCCAAGCAAAUGUAACAUGCAGACUGUGGAACUUCUUCCACUUAAGCAGUCUGAUGACAUUGCAUAUAUUGAGGAUCUGCUGCGACAGUUUCAUGAUAAGACAGGCUCAAAGGUUGCUGCUAGCCUGCUCAUGGACUGGCCAGCUCAAGCCAGCAAGUUUGUCAAGGUGUUCCCAUACGAGUACCAGCGAGCCUUGAGGCAACUUGCCGAGAAGGAAGCAGCAGCAGUACAAGCACUUCCUGAAAAGACUAAAGUUGAAGCCAAACCUGAGCCUGUCAUCUGUGAUAUUGAAGAAUCUGUAAUGGAUGCAACCAUGGAAAAGAAGAGGCUGGAGAAAAUUCUUGACAAAACUAGGGGCUUCAUGAAGUACAAGCGUGAAACAGCCAUGUAUCGGUCAGCUGAGAAACGCCAAAAGGAUUGGGAAGAAAUCUAUAAUUUUGAUGGUAUACGCCGUGGCUUACGCGUGCAAGCAGCAAGAUGCAUGGACUGUGGAGUUCCCUUCUGCCAGUCAUCACAUGGCUGCCCCCUAGGAAACAUUAUUCCCAAGUGGAAUGACCUUGUAUUCAAUAAUAACUGGAAGGAAGCACUCAGUCAACUCUUGCAAACCAAUAAUUUCCCAGAAUUUACUGCAGAGUUUGUCCUGCUCCUUGUGAAGGCGCUUGUGUGUUUUGGGCAUAAAUGA